AUGUUAGAGGAACAAAAUACUAUAACUUAUGAACAACAGCAAAUAACAGAGAAUUUUCAGCCAUCAGACAUGUCUUACAUGCCGACACAAAGCGUUAUAACACCUGAUAACGAUUUGUUUGAUAUCAUUACCAUUGUGUGUAUUCUCUGUUUAUUGCUUUUGAUUGGUUUAUACUUGUACUUUAUCGGACGGAGAAAUGUGAGCGCAGAGAAAUGUGAUAAAAGAAGAUCUGUUGACACGAGAGAACUGAAUAACAGCUUGUUGGACGGAUGCUCAAGGGUGACGGAGUCUUUUAGUGUGUUGGUGUUUUCGUAG